AUGAACCAGCUGCAAGACAAUGGGAUCAACGUAGAAGCGACAAAUGGCUUGAGAUUACACUUCAGCAAAACUCUUCUCAAAACCAAGUUCUCUGAAAGGUGCCUACUCUAUCAGUUCUACUUAUCUUCACUCAAGCUGGCCUUUUACUUUCAACCAGAUACAGUGUUCAUGGUGAUUGAUCCUGAGUGUCUCUGUGAGUCACCAGUUUCUAUAGUUACAGGAGAGCUAUGUACCCAAGAUGGGUUUAUGGACUUUGAGGUCUACAGCCACCAAACAAAACCAGCUCUCAACUUGGGUACCCUCAGAGUGGGGAACUCAUCCUGCCAGCCUGUCUUCACAGCUCAGUCUGAGGAGCUGGUGCAGUUUCAUAUACCCCUGAAUGGAUGUGGAUCAAAGCACAAGUUUGAAGGUGAUAAAGUCAUCUAUAAAAAUGAAAUACAUGCUCUCUGGAAAGACCUUCUGCCAAGCAAAAUAUCAGAUAGUGAAUUCAGAAUAACAGUGAAGUGCUAUUACUAUAGGGAUGACAUGCUACUAAAUGCCAACAUCAAAAGUCUUCCUCCUCCAGUUGCCUCUGUGAAGCCAGGUCUACUUAAAUUGAUCCUGCAAACCUACCCAGAUCAGUCCUACCAACAACCUUACAAAGACAAGGAGUAUCCCAUAGUGAGAUACCUUCACUGACCAAUCUACAUGGAGGUGAGAGUCCUAAACAGGAAUGAUCCCGGCAUCAAUCUGGUCUUGGAUGACUGCCAGGCAACAUCCACUAUGGACCCAGCUUCUCAGCCUCAGUGAAAUAUUGUUGUGGAUGGCUGGGAAUAUGGCCUGGCCAGCUACCACACCACUUUCCAUCCAGCUGGUUCCUCCAUGAUCUAUCCUUAUCACUAUCAGAGGUUCGACUUGAAGACCUUUGCUCUUGUAUCAGAGGCUCAGGUGCUUUCUACCCUGGUCUACUUCCACUGCAGUGCUUUGGUGUGCAACCGGCUCUCUCCCGACUCCCCUCUGUGUUCUGUGACUUGCCCUGCCCCACCUAGGCACAGAAGAGCCACAGGGGCCACUGAAGAGGAGAAAAUUACAGUCAGCCUCCCAGGACCUAUUCUCCUGUUGUCAGAUGACCCUUCAUUUAAAGAUGUCAUAGACUCCAGAGGGCAUGGGGUUGCUGGAGAUGGUGCUUCAAAAGCAGUGGCUGCUGGGACAGCCUUAGUGGGUGUGGUGGUAUCUCUAGGAUUUGUCCUUUACCUGCAUAAGAAAAGAACUGCGAUGUUAAAUCACUAA